GCUGUCGGCCACGGCUUCUGCAAACACCCGAAUCGAUCUCGGAUUCGAUCCAAAUUUCUCACGUGCUUUCACGCCCCGGCACAAGUCCAAUCAAGUCGUCUGAUGUCUUCCUCUUGUCUCUGUCCACCAAGAACGGGCCCUUCGACUCUCAUGGUGUUGCGUCCGUCUCAUCUCAUUUGAUUUUGAAUCCGAUACGAUGUCUCUUUCAUGCGUCUCACUCAUUCUAUGCGUGACAUCAGAUGCGCGUCUCGCACCCGUAGCCGCGGGCGUACAGCAGGUCCAGCCCGUGGCUCUCAGUGAGACCAAGUCAAACCGCGUCUUUAGGAGCUUCAUGUCAGACCUUGCGACUGUGUGUUUGGCGUCUCCGGGUCUCGGCCUUGUCAUUGUACGCCACCCGGCAACCGUAACGAGCUGCCUCCGAGCUGCCUCCUUUUGGACGGCACCGAGUGCGUCUUUUCUCCUCCUGACCACAACCUCUUAUCCUCCGUGGCUCACCGGCAUGAGCACUGCAGAUACCAAAGACAAGUCUGGCCUCGUGGCUACGCUGCAAUGCUAUGUCGACAAUACCAAGCUCGUCGGCUUCAUCAUCUGGGUCAUUGUCGUUGCCGUCUUCCAGGCGAUGGUCCGCGACGCCUGCGCCACCUUCGUCUUCGCAAUGGAGUGGACGAAGAUACUUCUCACCAUCGUCCAACUGAUAAGCAUCGGUUCAGCUCUGAGAAUUCGCAAGGCAUGCAGGAUCCUCUGGCUUGAAGCUAGAGUUCUUGCUGGCAUCAAGCUUCGGCCCAACCCCAGCCCUUUCGCUGGUCUACCUAGCGAGCUUGUGCUCAAGAUUCUCAAGCUAGCAUGCGAAGACUGUCCCACCACGGCUCAUCGCCUGAACUUCACCCCACUGAUGGUCUCGUCUGGGUAUCACCGAGCUUUGCAGCCUCGCUUCUACUCAUCUCUCACCAUCACUACCGAGAGGCAGCUCGUUCGUCUCUCGAGCCUUCUCACAACCUAUCCUUCCCUCGCAAAACAUGUCAAUCGCCUUACAGUAGCGGCCGACAUCUUUGAUAGGAGAACGGGCUGCAUGUCAAUGCCCAUGGCCAAUCCAUUGAUCAUCGGCUUCUUCCUCAAACAUGUCCUCAUCGCUUCGACGGAAGUGCGCCAGCUAUCCCUCGACGUGCAUGGCAUGGCCGCCCUCUAUCGUGGCAGCUACGAUAACUACCUCGACUGCGGGCCGCGCAUCACGUCCUUGCGCACGGAGCUCGCCAUGGUACGCUUCUUGGAUCUGCCCAUCUUUGAGGACCUCGAAGACCUCGAGAUCUCCUGCUUCGCCCUCUCAGCCGAAGAGGCUAGUGAGCUACGCAGCAUUGUACCGCGCCUCAAACGCCUCACUAUUCGUCUGCUGCGAUACCAGAUUGAGGAGCCUCCGUCGCUGUUGCAGAGGCUACGCAUCUUCUUUCGCUGGAUAUGUCGCGACGCGCACCCGAUCAAUGCUGUGGCAGCCGACACGGAAGACUCGGAUGACGUAGAGCAGUCGCAGACGAGAUGGUCGGAUACCUAUCACGGCAGGAGAGAGGCGUGGAGAUUCGAACAAGCGCUCGAGAUCCUCAGAGCGUGGCGGCCGGAGUCGGAUGUGCCGGGCAGUCCAAGGACAAGGCUCGAGAGCGUCACGAUUUUGACGUGGGCUGACGCCUUUCGGGAGCACCUCACUUUUGACGCUGUGCAAGGCCAGCGCGUAGCGAGACUCCCAAGCGAACUCGCAGAGCUUGUUGAGCAGCAGCGUCGCGAGCUAGUCGCCAAGGGGAUCGACGGCUUGAUUUGUCGACCGGUCCCCGCCCUCGAUGACAAGCCGAAGAAUGCCUCGCCACAGCUACCAUCGCUGCCGCCUCGACCCCUCCGUCGCUUCGACUCUCCUGGGCCGCGAGUCUUUGGCGAUGAUGGCGAGGAGAUCCUACCUGUACGCAUCGACGUUGCGACUCGUGAUGCAGGCACAGUAGCAGCAUCGGCACUCGGCCCGGAGCAGAUGGCCUUCUGGGACAGGCCUCUCUUCAUGAAUGGCGACCAGAAGCUUUCACUAGCAGAAGUUCUGCGGCCUUGCCCACUGCGUGUCGACCUGAAUCCUUGGCGGAAAGUCGGGUCCAGGAAGGGAACCAUCCAGUCGUGGAUACAGGACGCUUAAGGCGCUUUGCCCUCGUGCGCGCCAAGUCUUUCUUCUGAGACCAGGGAAGCGAGGAUCGAAAGCUUCGGCGCAAAUGCAGUCGACCAUGUGUCCACGCGUCGCCGUUCAUCUCCAAAGGG